CUCCCAAUCUGUGGAAUACCCCGCAUGAUUCAGUGACUGUCCACCCCCGACAGGUGGUAUUUCACAAAACGGUCACACUAACCCAAGCGCCGGUCUCGUUUCACGUUGCCACAUUCUUUUGUUGUUCCAUUGUCCACGGGAUUUCAGACAAAACCGAGAAUCCCUAGACUUGCGGCUGGAAAUGCCUGGGAAGUACGACAAGCUGCAGCAGCAGUUCCUCUGCUGCUAUCCGGUGAAGAAGAUGGCCUGGUCGACGGUCAAGUUGCCUCUUAGCUGGGAGGAUCAGCAGGAGCUUAUAGCAGCCACCUGCGGCCAUCCUAUGAACAAACGAUAUCCGGUGCGUCGCAGCUACCUGGAGGCCUUCCUCAAGCAGCUGAUGCACUUGCUCCACGAUCAGGAGGAUGUCCACGAUGACAUAUACAGCAGCUUGUGCGGUCCAAUGCCGGAUAAUCCCGGUGCAACUGGGCCAUCAUCCUCCCUCUACGGCUACAAACACUAUCUCCUCGAACCGGGCGUGCACAUAACGCUCCGGGAGUCCAAGAGCUUCGUGAGCGAAGGCACCACCGGACUGUGCACCUGGGAGGCGGCCCUCGCCCUGGCCGAUUUCCUCCUGCAGCACCGUGACCUGGUAGCCGGCAAAAACAUUGUGGAGCUGGGAGCAGGCGCUGGGCUCGUUGGCAUCCUUCUUAAACUGCCCGCCCUGGGGCUGAAGACCGGCCAGGUCCUUCUCACCGAUGGAAGUGAGCCGUGUGUCCAGCUGAUGCGCGAGAACAUCGCCCUGAAUUUCGUAGAUAAGCCGGCGGAGGAGAGGCCCCAGGCGGAGCAGCUAAACUGGGAUGCAGUCAGCGAGUUCCCCUGGCACUCCCAUGCGGAAACGGAUCUUCUACUCGCCGCCGAUGUGAUCUACGAUGACUCCCAGUUCGAUGCCCUCCUGGGUGCCCUGGAUUACCUGUACACGAGGCGAGGAAGCGGGCUGGAAACCCUGCUGGCCAGCACCGUCCGAAAUGUGGACACACUGCACAAGUUUAUGACCCAGCUGGGUAUUAAUGGCUACAAGGUGACUCCCUGUGCGAAUGUCUCGGCCUGUGCCAGCCACUUCUGUCGCGAUCACACCGCCGCCGUUCAGAUUAUCUCCAUACGACGUUAGUUUUAGUCCUAAAAUAAACGGACACCACGAAAACAAA